AUGGACAAAACGGCCUUCCUGGUCAUGGACGUCCAGACCGGCGUUGUUCCGCUCGUCCCCAUCAACGACACAUACCUUCCACUCAUGGCCGACACCAUCAACUCUGCCCGCUCCGCGGGGAUAAAAAUUAUCUACACCGUCGUCUCCUUCCGCCCCUCCCACCCCGAGUGCUCCCCUCGCAACCCUAUCUUCGGGGUACUGGCGAAGUCGAAUUCCUUUGUGACUGGUGCACCAGCUACUGCCAUCCAUCCAUCAAUCGCACCUCUCCCAACCGACAUUGUGGUAGAGAAGAAGAGAGUGAGCGCGUUUUCAGGGAGCGAUCUCGAUAUUGUACUUAGGAGUUUGGGAGUAGAGAAAUUAGUCAUGGCCGGUAUAAUUACAAGCGGUGUGGUCCUAAGUACGCUUUGUGAGGCUGUGGACAAGGAUUUCGAGAUUGUCGUGCUGAGGGAUUUAUGUGUGGACUUCAAAGAGGAAACACAUAGGGUGGUGACGGAUGAUCUGUUCGCAAAACGUGGCACAGUGGUGGGUGCGAGAGACUGGAUCAAGGAGCUGAAGGGAGAAUAA